GUCUCAUUUAUUUAGGAGGAGUACUCCUCCUUCAGCGCAUUUCACUCGAACCCUGACAUAUCACAAAUGAUGAAGUUUCACUUACACGUUGUAGACGGCAAUGCAGUCUCCACCAGCGCCUCUGCCGCCUCCACCUCUGCCUCUGCAGACACCUCCGAGAGCAGUGCGGUGCUCCUCUUCGCUCACAUGACACUCCGCUGCGGCCAUCUCGCUGAUGUGGUCGCGGUGAGCGCGAGCACCACGCCUGCCGCGGUGCGUCUGGCACAGCUGCAGCAGCAGCAGCAGCAGCACGGGGCAUCCGCCUCAUCAGGGAGUGCUUCCGCAACGGUUGCGAUAGGGGGCGCCGCGGCUCUCGCCAAUCCAAACUCGGCCGACGCUACGGAGAGCGAGGACACGAAGGUGCUGCAGGCGGCGGGGGCUGUGCUGAUGGGUGCGGUGGGUGUGGACAGCGACGAGGCGUACGCCCUGCCCUAUGCACCGCUCGCAGAUGGCGGGCACGUGCCCAUCGAGCCCUACGCGUACUUCUCCACCCCGUUUGCGGCGGCGGAGCGGUCGCUGCGCCACACGAUCGCCGCUGCCGCAGCGCAGGCUCAGCGACCUGCAACAUCGGUGACUCCUCCCUAUUAUGACCUCAUCGCGACGACAGACAUGACCACCUUCGAGUACGUCUUGGAUUACUAUCAGCAGCUGCGUGUGCGGUACGGUGGCUCCGUCGUGGGCAGCUGUGGAGGAAGCGGUGGAACGAAGCCGGUGGGCGUCCUGCACAUCGUCGCGGAGGACCCAUCGAGGGCCGCGCGGGUGCUGCAGCGAGUGCUAGAAAUGGUCCUCCAGCGUAGUGGGUGGGCGCUCGCCGUAGACGCAAACGCAGAAGAGGGCGAGCAGGCGCAGGCGGACGACGACGACGAUGCCCUCGCUGCACAGCAGCAACACAACGGCGGCGGGGAGAUGGAUCGGUUGGACGGUGAAGAGGGAAACGGUGGUGCUGCUGCUGCGGCUGCUGGUGCGGGGAGUCGCGCCGCGAAGGUGGAUAGCUGGGUAAACCAUAUUGACGAGGCGGUGCACGUGUUUGCGCAGCUGUUUGGCGUAGACGUGCUCGUGGCGCUUGUGUGA